AUGCCUCUACAAAGACUUGUUAGAGGUUGCCAAUCUAUGAGAAAUACCGAGGAACAAAGGGUACCUAAUGCGCUAGAAGUUCAACCUCAAGGAGAGGUCACCCAUGCUGAAUUCCGUGAAGUUAUCCGGAGAUCAAGUCAAGUUGCGACCUAUCAAGUUGGGCAGAGAGAUAAUUGGCAGGAAGUAGCUGAUACUUUAAGGAUCCAUGAGCAUUUAAGGAUAAACCCUCUAAGCUUCACAGGUUCAAUUGUGACUGAGGAUCCGGAGAACUUCAUUGAGGAGCUGAAAAAUAUAUUCGAUGUAAUGCAUGUUGUAAGACGUAGAGGGGCUCUGAUGAGGAGUUUAAUUCCCCGUGAGUUGCAAGAGGCAAAAAUAAGAGAUUUUCUCACCCUUAAUGCGCAAUCUAUGAGUGUUCAUGAGUACAAUCUGAAGUUCACUCAACUUUCUCGCUAUGCUCCGGAGAUGGUUGUGGACUUGAAGAGAAAGAUGAGUCUAUUUGUUGUUGAGUUGUACCGUCGAUCAAGAAAGGAAGGCAAGAAAGCUAUGUUGAUAGGGGAUAUGAACCUAGGUCUCAAAGAUAAACCUGCAUAUUCUCAAGGAAGUAUGGCACAAAGCGAUAGUAAGGCUCUUGCAUGUGCUUGGUGUGGUAGAAACCACCAAGUAAUUGUUGUGAUGGGCAGGCAGGUUCCUUCAAGUGUGGAAAAGAUAGUCACUUUUUGA